CGUCAAUACUCGUAAGUGUUCGUGCAUAUUCGGUGGAAUGUCGAGUAUAUUUCGUGUUAUCCCCUACUUUUAGUUGAGAAAACCGCGAUUAGUGUGUGUGCCCCUGCCCCACAUCGUCGUAUUUCGUUUUUCGUCGUCGGGUCAUUCGGCUGGAGUCGGCUCUCCCAGAGUCUAUCUCUGUUAGGUGGUUGCUGGAUAUAAAAACUUUUCGCUCUCUGUUUCUCAAUGUAGCAAAAUGGCUGCCAAACUACAAUAAUGAGUGUGACGUUGUUAACGUUUACCAAUGUGUUAUAUUGUUUGUGUCGUUCUUCCUCAAAUAUAUUUUGUGAUUAAUAAAUAACAGUGAUAAUUGUGACAGUGUUUUAUUAUAUCAAGACUUUAUUAUACUGUAAUAAAUAAUAAUAACUCGAUACUUUCCACACACGAGUAAGUGAAGGGAAUAACGCAACAAAAAAAGAUGGCAUGUGAAUCAAGGAACUAGGUCAUUAUUAGUGGCCUAAUUAAAAUAAUCAGCAGCAGUAAUGCCAACUUAUCACAAUGCGGGUGCUAGUUACCCAAACUUAUCAGCACUAGCUCGUCAGGGUAAAAUUGAUGGUAACCAGAAUCACCAUCAUCACACAAUACCCUCAAAUGUAACGGCUCAUUCGUUUUUGCAAAACGCACUCCAAUCGAUGCAAUCGAUCCAAUCAAUUCAUCACUCCAUUCCAUCAAUCCCAUCCAAUUACAGUGGGGCAAAUAUGCUGCCACAUCCAGUCUCACCAAUAAUGACAACAACACACUCCAGUAGUAUUGUAACAACUCAAAAUGUUGUUGUACCUCCAACCACUCACAUGAGUAAUUCCGUACCAUCUUCUCCGGUUAUCCUUACUCCUAAUAAUUCAACUAUAAAUCCAACAAGCAACAAUGCCUUAUCAAUGAGCACGAGACAUGAAGUUAAACUUAAUGCUAUGCCAUGGUUUCAUGGAAAAAUUUCACGAGAAACAGCAGAAAGUUUGCUGCGACCUCGUGAAGAUGGUCUGUUUCUAGUCAGAGAGUCGACAAAUUUCCCCGGUGAUUAUACACUGUGUGUAUCCUACGCUGGACGAGUACAACAUUACCGUGUUAAAUAUAAAAAUAAUCAUUUGACGAUUGACGACGAGGUAUUUUUUGAAAAUUUAGCCCUGCUUGUCGAGCAUUACGAGGAGGAUGCCGAUGGCCUGUGUACACAACUGACAAAGCCAUUGCCGAAGCAAGGCAAGCAAGAUUUUUGUGUCGAUCCGAAGGCCUUCGUUGAGGCCGGAUGGGUGAUACAAACUCACGAGCUUGAAUUGCGGGAGUGCAUUGGCAAAGGUGAGUUUGGCGACGUACUGCUGGGCGUUUAUCGCGGCGAACGUGUCGCCGUUAAAAUGUUAAAAGACAACAGCGAAGCUGCACAAAGAUUUUUAGCCGAGGCUAGUUUGAUGACUUCACUUAUUCACGAUAAUUUGGUUAAAUUACUUGGCCUCGUAUUUAACAAUCAACAUAUGUACCUGGUUACUGAAUAUAUGAGUAAGGGAUCACUCGUCGAUUAUUUAAGAUCGAGAGGACGGUUGCACGUUACCAAAAAAGAUCAAAUUAAUUUUGCUUUUGAUACGUGCGCUGGGAUGGCUUAUCUUGAAUCUCGACACGUCGUACAUCGUGAUUUAGCAGCAAGAAAUGUUCUUGUUGCUGAAGAUAAUUCAGCCAAAGUAUCAGACUUUGGUUUGGCACGUGAUGAAAAUUUUUCACUUGACGGUGGUAAAUUACCUAUUAAAUGGACUGCACCUGAGGCUCUAAAACAAAAUAAAUUUUCAAACAAAUCAGAUAUGUGGAGUUUUGGAAUUUUAUUAUGGGAAAUUUAUUCCUUUGGACGAGUACCAUAUCCGAGAAUACCCUUAGCGGACGUUGUAAAGUGUGUAGAAAAAGGAUAUAAAAUGGAACCACCGGAUGGAUGUCCGUCUGAAGUUUACGACAUCAUGAAACAGGCAUGGGAUUUACAACCAGAGAAGAGACCAACGUUCCACGACAUAAAGGUCAAACUCGGUUUUCUUAAGGCUGAGUACACCAAAUAUCCGAAUUAAUCAACUUAUUAAAUGCAUGUAAGAAAGUCUAAGACUUUUUUUAAUAAUUUAAAACUCACCUGGUCUAAAUUAUUCGUUAAAAUAACUAAAAAUAUAUAGAUAUUUAUAUAUAAGUAGUAAUACUCUCGUUAAAUAAUUAAUAACAAAUUUUAAUAAUUAAAAAUAAAAUAAAAAAAAAAUAACUGCUGCAAAUAAUUUUCAAGUGGGUUCACGAUAAUUGUCUUGAUGUCUUGAUAUUUGUUUUUUUUUCUUACGUAACUGGAGGAUAAAAUUUUUUUUACGACAGUAUACGUCACCAAUUGCUACCUAUGUCAAUUGUGCCUUCGUUCAAAUAGAUAUUCUUACAAAAAAAAAUAAAAAAUAAAAAAAAACUUAAUAAAUAAAUUAAUUAAUUAAUGAAUAAAUUCAAAUUAUGACCCUGAAUUCAUGCUCAUUGAAGUAGCAAUAAUCGUCUCAUUUUUAAUAUCAUUUAUGAUUGAGUAAAGUGAGUGCGAAAAUUAAUAUAAAUGUCACUAUCUGUUCCCAUUUCAACUCAAUGAUACAAAUAAUAUAUCGUCCGUUUAAUUAUGAAAAUAAAAAAAUUAUUAAAAUUAAAUUACGGAGUAAUAGAUAAAAAUUUAUUGAUAAAUAUAGAAAAAAACAAACAAACAAAUAUAUAUCUCAACUUGAUUUCUUAUGUACCUGAAAAUCGGAACGUUUUUUUGCAGAACAAAAAUAAAAAAACGGAAUGAUAAGAAAAAAUCAACUGCAGCCAUCCCAACUACCCCUUGAGUAGUAAAAUAGAGAAGUUGCGUGUUUUGUAAUUAAAAUUUUUUUUAAAGUUCAAUGCAAGAUGUUGAGAAAAAUUGAGGAAAGAGUAUUAUAAAUUAUAAUAAUUUAUUUCUCGGUUCAUUUUUAAAUUAAUAUAUGAAUUCAAACGCAUGACGUAAUUAUAUCGGUUUUGGCGCGCCAUCACAUGGAUAGAUGACAAAAUAUCCAUGUCUAACCUAUCAGAAUAACAACAAAAAUAAAAUACAGAAUAGCGAGGCUUCCAUUGGUUCUCAGCUCUAACAGAUGUAAUUAUGUCAUAAUAAAUUAAAGUGUUUUUUACCGCCAAAAUUUAUUAAAUAUUUUAUAAUUGAUUUAUAAAAAAAUGACUGAAACAUAUUCUUAAAAAGUUGUGCUUUCAUCCAUAAAUAAAUUUGUGGUGAUAAAAUAUUCUUGCAACCUGUGAAACAUAAAUUUUUUAAUUUUCGUUGUACGAAAAACGUUACGAUCUUCAGGUACAUGAUUUAUUUUUUAUUAAUACAAAAUAUCAGCGCACAAGACUGGUUAAUAAUUGUAUUUUACAAUUUUUUAUUAAUCUUAAAGAGCCCAUUGUUCGAUCUUUUUAAUUCAUUAUUUUUAAACAUCUAUGUAAGGUAUCAAUAGUUUUUAAUUCUUUUAGCCAAUUCGUAUCUUUUAUACAAAAAAAAAAAAGGAAUACAUUACUCUGUCGAUGAACGAGGUUAAAUAAUAAAGUUUAACUUGAACUAUUUAAAGAAUUACAACGGUAACACUGUAUUGUUAAAAUCUUAGAAAAUUUCAAAAAUUUAGGGUGCAAUUUUUUUAAAUUUUGUUUUUAUGAUCUAUUUUUUUAUAAAAAAUUAAAAAAAUUGAUAGAAAUCUAAUAACUUCAGUAUCAUAAUUAUUUAAUCCUAUUAUUGUUGCUGUAAAAAUAAAUAAAUAAAUUUUGACUACCGAAAAAAAAUCAAAAAAUAUUAUUCCGGUACCGGGAAUCGAACCCGGGUCGCCUGGGUGAAAACCAGGAAUGAUAACCCCUACACUAUACCGGAGAUGACAAACAGAGUGUGUUAUGUCUUAUUUAUUGACUCAAAUUUUCAUACUUUGGAGAUUCUACUUUUUUUUUUUAAUUGUAGUCUGCUUGUUAAUGCGCGUAAUUAUCACGCCGCAAAAUGAAAUUUACAAAAUUAUGAUACUGAAGUUAGCCGACAUCUUAUAAUUUUUAGUUUUUUUUUCCAAAGAUAAAUUUAAAAAAAAAAUUAUACCCAGUUUUUUAAUUUUCUACAUAAGCAUAUUAUUAACUAUCGAUUAUUUGACCCCAAAUCUAGUCCAGAUAAAUUAAGGCCUUCUAUUUCUCAAAACUUUCGUGAUGUCACAUCCAAAAUCAGUUCGUAUGAUCUCUAUUCUACUAUUCUAGGAAUGUUUUGAAAAAAACUCCGAAGAAAACCAUUCAAAUAAAUUUCACACCCAAAAAUAAGUAAAUCUCCCGUUCAUUUACCGACAAUCGAUACGAUCGCUAAAAAAAGUUUGCUAUUGAUACCUUGUCAUAAAUUAAAUUUUAAAUAUUUUUUUUAAAACUACAAACGACCGUACUUAAAAGGGAGAUUUUUUGUUAAUUUAAUUUUAAUUAGUAAUUAAUUAAAUCUAAUAUAUAUUUUUUAAAUAAAAAAAAAAAAAAACAGUUUAUAAUUAGGAAUAAAUUCUUGUUAAUGCUUAAAUUUUAUUUUUUUAAAAUUAAUAUCCAAAAAAAAAAAUUAAUUCUUGUAAAGUAUUAAUUUAUUUACAAAAUCUUCUUAAAAAAAAUGGUGGUUUAAAAAAAUAUUUAAAAGUUUUUAAAAAUAAUAAUUAAAUAUAAACUUCCAUGUAUUUAUUAAAAAAAAAGUAAUUAGUUAUUUAAAAUUGCAAAGUAUUAAUUUUUUAAAUUUAAUUAUAAAUUAAUAAAUUGCAAAGUAUAAAAUAUAUAAAUUAUAUG